AGUACACCUGGAACUUCGACCAUCAGUUACUCUUCAAACGUCUACUUGUUGUGUCUUAUUUUCGUGUAUAGUGAAUGGUUUGUGCCGUGUCGCGGUUUUUAAUGUUUUUAUUUUAGAAUUUUAAUUUUUAUAUUUUGUUUUUUAGUGUUUUACAUUUAGUGUAUAGCACUUUUAUAUGUGUAUCUGUUAACCGGGAAAUAAAUUCAAAUAUGAAAAAAGAAAUAAAAAAAAGUUCGUACUACGUUUGGUUUCUCGGAGCUCAGGAAUGUAAAAAUGUGAGAGACGUAGAAAGCAUAAUUCCCGUGAUAUCGACUUUGGCGGAAAGGGAAAAGAAAGUGACACCAUAUAAAUUCACUCUCCAAGUAAGUCACAGGGGAUUAAAGAUCGUACACAAUGUUUCGGCAUUGAUUUCGUUGCCGGGCGGCAAGAGUUCGAAAAGUGACUUGGUCAAGCACCUGAUCCCCGAUCACGCGGUCACCUGCGUCCAUCAGGACGAGGACCUGGUGGCCGUCAUCCUACUCCUCUACAACCCCGUUACCAAGUGGCCCGUCCAUGUGCACGUCUACCGUUGUGACACCGUAGAGACGGCGACUCUGCUUUCCACGCAAUUGCGAAUGCUGGUCGACCGACCGGAGAACAAGAAGAAACUCAAUGACAUCGAAUCGAGACUGCAGACAAAAUCCGAAACGCACUGCAACGUUCGGAACGAUCGAAAAAAAGAGUCUCCGCCACAGCCGCCGUUGUCGCCCGAGAGCGGGGUGCCGAGCCCAGGUCAUGUGACUACCCUGUAUGAUUCGUUGGCGGCCGAGUUGAAAAAAAAAUUGGGUACCGGAGGCAAGACCGGUGGCGUCCCGAUUUUGUUGCCACCCAGAGAUUAUGAUACCGUCCACAGACAUCGUGGAAAUCUAAACGGCAUCGACUUUAGACGGUGCAUGAGUGCUAACAUCGUCGGUGUCAACAGUACCGGCGCUAGACCGCAGCAAGAUUUUCGAAGAUCGGGUACGAAAAUGGGAUCGAGUGGCGGGUCUAGCGGGAUAGGAUCCGAUCACGCACCCAGUCCGGAACAAUAUGAACCGGAAAACGCGUAUGCGGAUAACAACUCGUCGUCAGAUGACGAUUGGAAUGCGAGUCCGUUAGAAGAACCAUUGUUUGCAAAACCUACCAAUGACCACCCGCUACCCAGAAUCAGGAGACAAGACAGUGGUGUGGACAGUAGCAGUAGUCCAGUUACAUCACCGGAAAAAGACUAUUACAAUGGGAGACAAGAGCAGCAACAACAUAACAACGUUACAAAUUUUAAACGCCAAAACUUUGGUAAUAAUAACAACAAUAUUUCACCAAAUCUAAGAGAAAAGUAUUCAGAUCGUAACGUCGCUCUGGUCCAACCAAGACCGAGAAACUGUGAUGCGGCCAAGAACUCUGCGCAGACGCCCUUAACCGUGCCAGAACACAGGAAAAAGCCUGUAGAAAUCAGACAGAGGACACCAUCACCAAAUCGUUCUACAGUCAGAGAAUCUCCACGGGAGAGAUUCAAGGAUGCUAAAGAAAAGUUCCUUAUGUUGGAAAAAGAACGAAUUGACGAGCAACAAUCUGAAUUAAAGAAACGUCUUGAACGACAGCGCAAAGAAAACGCAAUGCCCAUGAUCAGAGCAGCGGUCAGGGAAUCUUGCAAUUGGUCACGAAGUCACCAUUCAGACGACGAUGAAAUGGACAGGAAUCGGUAUGAUGAUGAUGGUGAUUAUAACGACGACCAUUUUGGCCAUCAGGUGGUAAAAAAUUAUAGAAGAACCAAUCGACCGAGAGAACGUCUAGAUACUGAUUACAAUAGUGGUUAUUCGAAGCCAAUUUCUAAUAGACAGUCUAGGAAGUAUCAGCACGAUCACGACGAAUCCAGAUUGGUGCCGAGGAGUUAUUCAGCCGAAGACUUCCCGCAAUCGGACCACCACAACUACCGGCCACCGCCACCGGACGACCGGCACAAACACUCGCCACGCCGGGCCGCGAUACCGGAAGCUCCUCGAGCCGCGCCCAGGCGUAAUCGUUACAACGACGUGUCGCCGCCACCGGCGGAACUGUCGUCGCGUGCGAACGAUUACAAACGGCGGUCGGCCGCGUACGCUUACGAAGACGACGGUGGCUGUUGUCCACCUACGAGUUACGGGGGCAGACCGCGCGGCGGUGAACCGGACAUCCGGGAGGCGGACGACGACUGCGACGAUUGCGACGACUGCGACGACGACGGUCUGCCGCCGACGGCGUCUGUCGGUCGAGAGUACAAGCGGCGAUCGGCGGCGUACGCUUACGAGGAACACCACCCGCACCAUAACCAACACCCGAACAAGCACCAUCGUCAAAACCACCACCACCACCACCACCAACACCAACAACAACAACAACAACAACAACAGCAGCAUCAGCAGCACGACCUCGGCGGCAGCGGUUAUGGCGGCAGCAGACGCGACCCGAUGUCGGACAAGCGGGCGGCACAAGCGGCGGCGGAGGACAGCCCGUCGCCGAUUUCGCCCAGGUACAGGCACAGCUACGCGGAAGCGUAUCACAGGCAUCAGCACCAGCAGGCACAGGCGCCGCAAGAAUCCGUGAUGUACCGUCACAACGGUUCGCUACAGUCGUCCGGUCGGAUUGGAAUCGCGGCGAUACACCCUUACUAAUAAAAUAACAUAACGUUAUGAUUGUCGUAACAGCCAUCGUUUUUGUCGCGAACACGAUAAAUAUGCCGACGCAAUACACACACAUAAUACCGUAACCGAUUGUAUAUAAUAUUAUAAUUAUAUUAACCCGCUGAGCGACUCGACGGUGUUAUUAUUAUUAGUAUUAUUAUUAUACGAAGACGAUCUAACAAUAAUAAUAUUAAUAUAUGUAUUUUUUUUCUUGUUCACUUUGUUUUUCUAUUUUUACGUAUUUUUUUUUUUUGUCAGUGACGUCACGUGCUAUAUAUAUUUUGUAAAUUCCGUAGAUUACCCGUAGAAUUCCGGAAAACAUAUUAGAAACUAAUCCAGAUCAUCUAUUCUUUGUAAGUUUGUAACACAUAAUACACUGUCAAUUUUCAUGUUCUGUCUUUUCGAAGAUCAAAAAUAUACACGUUAACAUAAUUUUUAAAGGACUUACAGUUUUUAGAUUUGUACCUUUUAAUAUAAUAUGUAUAAUGGCAAUAUUAUGCUUAUGAUUAUGUACCUAUAUCUAUAUAAUUUUAUAUUCAAUAGCUAAGUCAGUUUCUGAUCAUUUUGUGAUGUAAAUAUUAAAUACUAAAUCACUACUUAAUAAUUGAUAAGCAUUUAUUGUUUUAUAAGUUGAGUGAAGUAAUUUAAGAAAGUAAAACCUCCAACAGUCGUACAAUAUGAAACUAAGGAAAAAUCGUAUAGAUCAUAUUGUAAAUUGUUUGCUCAGUUAUUAAUAAACGCAUUAUACACAGUCAUUAUUUUAUUAUACACGUACAUUAUUAUAUGUAUAAUAUACAUUGUAUGUAUUAUAAAGACAUUGCAUUAUUAUAUAAUACUAAUUGUUUUUUUAUUUCACUCAAUAAAAUCUAUACAUGUUGUAGCGUUUUUUUA